AUGGAGGUGACGGCCGCUUCAUUAUCGGCUCCGCUUGAGCGCUCCAUCUCGCAGCAAUCUGGCACCUCAAUCAGGAGCCACCGAUCCGGCGCUCGCACCCGCAAGAAGCUCACAUCACAGCCCUCAAGCUCUGCCUCUUCCAUCGCGCCCUCCGACAAGUCGCUGACCUCGUUCCCAUCUUUCUCCCCAGACUCGCCCCGUCAAGAGAGAUCCUCCUUUUUCUUCUUCCGCGGCGAUGACGAUUCAACCACGGCGACCUCUUCCCGCAAAACAUCUGGACAGAGCUUCGCCAACUCGGAGCAGGGCGAGAGGCAAGAACAGGCACAAGGACAGGAGCGCCCACAACCAUCAGCGAUCGUCGACCACCUUACCACGUCCUCACCGACCGAAGCCGCUCGUAGCGCUCUGUUUGAGGAUGCGCCGCUGGCUUCGCACAAGAUCCCCGGCGCGCUGCACCAUGCAGACGAUGAACACAUCGAGCGCUUGAUCGCUCGCCACGGUGCUGUCAAUCUCGUGAGACAAAUUGCCGAAGAUUUGGCAGUACGAGAUGCCCAGAUCGCAAAGCUGCGCCGUCGGGCCGAGGAGCGCGAGCGCGCCCUGCGCAAGAUUGUCCUGGAAUGCGGUCUCUCCAGCCUAGAUCUGGAGACGCGCCUGCGGGCCAUCGAACGGGAAGCACGGCCCAACGGAACGCCGAGCCGCAUCUCGGGAGAGGGUAUCUCGGAUCUCAUGACGGAUGCCAUGGCCGAGGAUGUGAGACCCUACGCAAGCAACGCCCUAGACGACGCAACUCUUCGCGCAAGCUCGGUGCCGCUGCCUGCCCCUUCAGACGCCGAGGCCGAGACUGCAAGAGGCAGCACGCGAGGCUGGAAGGAGUACUUAUGGGGGAGCGGCACUGCGAAGAAGUCCAGCCGGGCUAGCAGCACAACGAGAGAGGCCGAUAAGCAACAGCCGACUGUGGUGAAAGCCACGCCAGUAGAGCGCCGGCCGGCGCUGCAGGACGACCUCUUCGACCCGCCGGAGGAUAAUCCCGUGCGAAGCUCUAGCAGAGCUUCUAGUGUCAGCUCUGCGCAUAAUGCAAGGAAACCGUCUUUGGCAAGCAUGGCCCUGCGGCUCGUUGCAGGAGGGGCGUCGAUAGGACGAGAUGGCGAGAUCCGCGGACGCGCCAACAGCGGCUCGCAACGCGGGGGUUCAGUGAGGACGCCGUCAAGCUCGAGCUUGAACGCGAGCGGGUCCGCCCGUGCUGUCUCAGCCCAAGGAGGCCCGAAAGCGUUGAUGUCAAUGCGUCGGCCCACUGGUUCUCUCCGACCGAUAGAUGUACCUCUGCGGACCCAACCCCAGGAGCGCUGGGACGCGAUGGUUUCUACGCCUGGCGGGCCUCUCAUCGCCCAGCACCAGAGCUAUGGCCCCGUGGAGAUGGACGCCAUUCUUCCGCCGGAAGAUCAGCCGCCGACCCUAACACAUAUCUACAACAACUAUCCGGGCGCCGAUUAUCUAACUGACCGCUUCGGCUUCAUCUAUGAUCAGCGUAGGAAGAAGCGCCAACGGGAAGCCGCCCAGAUGGCCCGCCACGCCAAGAAGGGCAGCCGCACUGAGAUGAUAUCCAACGGUCGGAACGGCAUUUCCCCGCCGCUGCUGGAGGACAGCGCGAGUGGCAAAAUGAGUGUUGGGAGCGACGGCAGACCCGGCACGCCAGGCUCAUCUGAAGAGCUCCGCGAGGACGCCAAACCCAAAAGGUGGCAGGACUACCUGAAGAUCGCGACCUUCCCUACGGAGCUGCUCUCGCACACCCCUUCGAUCAGCGCCCAGGGCUUUGUGGUGCUAGAAGCGGCCGAAACACCGAAGUCGCCGAGCUGCUCGCCGAGUAUCAUGUCGGAAGAUCGCGGCUUCUUGCCGUCCGCCACGACUACCGCCGCCAUAACGCCAAGUGACACCGAGACCCUUCCCCCUUCCGAGAGCGAGCAGCCUUCUGCAACCCUCGCGAAGGAGGAUGCCGAGCCGGUGAAGCUACUGCUUGAGAACCUCAACCAACUGCAUGAUACUCUCCAGCGGGAAAAGACGGUGCGGUGGAACGACUUCCUCAGAAAGGUUAGAGCAGAGCGGAAACGAGAUGGGGAGGCUGCAGCAGCAGCCGCCGCCGCAGCAGCCGAGGCAAGAUUUCAACGAGCCACUGCCGUUAUGCCCGAAGCUCGACUCGGCGAUGGCGAACUCAUUGGUGUCGCCAGUCUCGGCAUCCAAGGCAAAGUCGGCCGCGCGAAAGCCAACGAGUUCAGGUCGCUCGUCCUCGGUGGGAUCCCGGUUGCCUACCGCUCCAAGAUCUGGUCCGAGUGCUGCGGCGCCAAAGCGCUCCGCAUCCCAGGCUACUAUGUCACCCUCGUCAACCGCUCCGAAGACCAAGACGACCCGCAAGUGGUCUCGCAGAUCAAGGCCGACAUCACCCGCACCCUCACGGACAACAUCUUCUUCCGCAAAGGCCCCGGCGUUGAGAAGCUCCACGAGGUCCUCCUCGCCUACUCCCGCCGCAACCCGGACGUUGGCUACUGCCAGGGCAUGAAUCUGGUGGUAGCCAACCUGCUGCUCAUCACGCCCUCGGCCGAGGACGCCUUCUGGAUCCUCGUCUCCGUGGUCGAGAACAUCCUGCCGCCCAACUACUUCGACCACUCCCUGCUGGCCUCGCGCGCCGACCAGGUCGUCCUGCGGCAAUACGUCGCCGAGGUGCUGCCCAAACUAUCCGCCCACUUCGAUGCCCUCUCCAUCGACCUCGAGACCAUGACCUUCCAAUGGUUCCUCUCCCUCUUCACGGAUUGCCUUUCGGCCGAGGCGCUCUUCCGCGUCUGGGACGUCGUGCUCUGUUCGCCGCACGACGGCGGCGCGUUUCUGUUCCAAGUCGCCCUCGCCCUGCUCAAGCUCAACGAGAACUUGCUCCUCGCCUGCGACAGCCCCGCCGAGGUCUACACCUACAUCAACCACCAGAUGACCAACCACGCCAUUAGCAUCGACGGGCUCGUGCAGGCGAGUGAGGCGCUGCGGCGGCUCGUCCGUCGCGAGGACAUUGAGGUCCGCCGGCGCAAGGCGAUCGAGGGCGAGAGGGAGCUGGUUAAGGCUAGGGAGCAGCAGCGGCUGUCAAGUGAGCGGUCUGUGAUGAAGAACAACAACAAGCCGGCUGCUGUCGUCGCUGUCGGUGCGCCGGCCCCGGCUGUGGUCAGUCCUGAGAUCGCGACUGGAGCUCCGAGCAGGAGUGUUAGUCGUGCGCCGAGCUUUGUUAGCGGCGGAGAGCGGGCGCCGGAGGAUGACGGUGAAGGUGGGGAAUCAGCUGCGUCGGGGUCCGUUAUUGGCGACGAGGAGGGCGGCGGAGCCUAA